UACUCAUCUUUCAGCUUUACACUAGAUUUGAAAUUAUUGAAAAAAAAAAGUUGUGAGAAAAUCCCACCUCUCCCUUAAAAACUAUCCCAUCAUUCUUUUCUUCUUUUACAAUUUGCUUUGUACCCCCUCUUGCCAUGACUACUGAAUCGGGUAGGCUAAGAGUAAAGAGAGCAGAAAAUAGGCUCAUCUGGUUAGAGUGGAGGCACAUGGACUGGGAACCGUGGACUCAGGUACCUCAGAUUCCUUCUAGUGGGACACUGUUGAUGAGGUCUAAGCACAAAAUAACCUGAGUUUACUAUGUCUCACUUCCUCUUACCCAGAGACCUUUCCUCUCUGUAACGCAAUAUCUGCCUUCUCCUUCAGGGAGGGUGAAUUCACACAGUGCUGCAGUUUUGUGGGAUUCCUUUCUUAAUUCUGUUCUCCUUUCUGGAUUGCUGAUAUCAGUCACCCCAUGCAACCAGGCUGAUAUUUGUAGUACACUGAUUACUUCCUUUCUAUCAGAUAAAUUUUGUGGUUUUGUUCCUGACGUAAUCGGAGUCAUGUUUGGCACAUUUCUUUAUCUAUGUGAGAAAGACAGUAUUAUUACCGUGGAACUUGAAAAAUCUGAAGUGGGGCAGCAUAUGUACCCUUUGGUUCAAUUACCUGCAUAAUAGCUAUUCUUGGAUUUAUUUUUUUCCAUAAUGAUAAUGAGCUGAGCUGAGCUAUUUAUAUUAUACUUACUUGGAAUCAUUUUCAGUUACAGUUCAUAGUCUUGAGUCAUUUCUUUGCUUUUCAGAGAACUAGGAUGGUUGAUUAAAUGAACUCUUUGAAGAUAAGGUAUAUGAAUACAUGAAAGUGAUUUCAAGGAUCAAGUGGCCUAUGGGAUCAGUCUCAUUAUUCUAAAACUGGGCUUCCCCAACAGAGUUUCUAAAAACUGUACCAAAAGAAUUGGUGGAACUCCACUUGAAGUUGAUGAGGAAGAUUGGCAAAUCUGUUACAGCAGACAGAUGGGAAAAAUAUUUGAUCAAGAUAUGCCAAGAAUUUAACAGCACGUGGGCAUGGGAGAUGGAGAAGAAGGGCUAUCUUGAAAUGAGUGUUGAAUGCAAAUUAGCACUCUUAAAGUAUCUCUGCGAGUGUCAGUUUGAUGACAAUCUUAAAUUCAAGAACAUUAUUAAUGAGGAGGAUGCUGAUACUAUGCGUCUCCAACCAAUUGGGCGAGACAAAGAUGGCCUCAUGUACUGGUACCAGUUGGAUCAGGAUCACAAUGUCAGAAUGUAUAUAGAGGAACAAGAUGAUCAAGAUGGUUCUUCAUGGAAAUGCAUUGUCAGAAAUCGAAACGAGUUGGCUGAGACCCUUGCACUCCUGAAAGCACAGAUUGAUCCUGUACUGUUGAAAAACUCUAGCCAACAGGACAACUCUUCCCGGGAGAGUCCCAGCCUCGAGGAUGAAGAGACUAAAAAGGAGGAAGAAACACCUAAACAAGAGGAGCAGAAGGAUGAUGAAAAGAUGAAAGGCAAAGAGCAGCCAGUAGAUGCAGAAAACCAUUCUGCGGCCAGCGCUGUAGAGGGCACCACUGUGAAAGUAGAAAAGGAGGAGGAAAAGGAACUUGUGAAGCUGCCAGUCAUCGUCAAGCUAGAAAAAUCUUUGCCAGAAAUUGAGGAAAAAAAGAUUAUCAAAGAAGAAAGUGAUUCUUUCAAGGAAAACGUCAAACCCAUUAAAGUGGAAAUAAAGGAAUGUAGAGCAGAUCCUAGAGAUCCCAAAGGUAACACGGACAGGCUUGUGCAGGAGCCGGAGAGACUGGAGUUCAGUGGCAGCGUUAAGACUUCUCAAGACAUCACGGAGAAAUCUACUGAGGAAACAGAAAAACUUAAAAAUGACCAGCAGGCAAAGAUACCACUAAAAAAGAGAGAAAUUAAACUGAGCGAUGAUUUUGACAGUCCAGUGAAAGGACCUUUGUGUAAGUCUGUUACUCCAACAAAAGAGUUUUUGAAAGAUGAAAUCAAACAAGAGGAGGAGACUUGUAAAAGGGUUUCUACAAUCACUGCUCUGAGCCACGAAGGGAAGCAGAUGGUAAAUGGAGAAGUUAGUGAUGACAAGGUAACUCCAAAUUUUAAGACUGAACCAAUCGAGACAAAGUUUUACGAAGCAAAAGAAGAUGCAUACAAUAGCCCCUGUAAGGACAGAAGUGUCAUCGUGGAGGGAAAUGGAGCAGAGGCCCUGAAUUCUGUCAUAACAAAUAUGAAAACAGGUGAGCAUGAGAGAGAAGUGGUCCCUGCAGGGAAAGAGACAGGUAGCUCAGUGUCAGCCCCAGAGACCCAGAAUCUAAAAGGGCAGAUAGAAGAACCUGAUCUUGUAGAAAUGGAAACCUCUCUUGAGUCUUCUGAGAUGGCAAAGGAUCUCUCUUUAAAAGCUGCUUUAUCUACCACUGACACCUGCACCAUGAAAAUUGAGGACAGGUCUCCCAAAGGUAAGAAGGAUAAGCGUCUACCAGUCCUAGAAUGUCUUGAAAAGCCAGAGAAGUCCAAAAAGAUUCUUCAUGAUAAGGAUCCGCAAAGGUUGAGUCCAAUACCAGAAGAAGUUCCAAGGAGUGCUCUUGAAUCAGAAAAGCUAGGUGCUCCUGGGACAGCUGAAUUUUCUCAGCCGCCUACAAUGACUUCCCACUAUGAAAAACUGGCCUCAGAAAAUGAAGGCGUUGAAAAUAAGAGUACAAGUCAUGUUGGUCACUCCCUGGAAAAAACAGAUCCAGAUAUCCAGAAAGAGGACUCUGAGUCCAUGAAGGUAGAAAUGGAUAAUCCCAGCAAUGCCCAGCCCUCUGGCAUAGAGGAGCCUUCUGAAACAAAGGGUUCUGUGCAAAAAAGCAAAUUUAAGUAUAAGCUGAUUCCUGACGAAGAAACUGCUACCACAGAAAAUACAGAGAUAACUUCUGAAAGGCAAAAAGAGGGCAUCAAGUUAACAAUUAGGAUAUCAAGUCGGAAAAAGAAGACAGAUUCUCCUCCCAAAAUUCUAGAACUAGAACACAAGCAAGAGAAGACAGAAAAAGAAGAAGAGAAAGCAAAUAUGGGCCGUACGUUAAGGAGGUCUCCAAGAAUAUCUAGGCCCACAGCAAAAGUGGCUGAGAUCAGAGACCAGAAAGCUGAUAAAAAAAAGGGGGAAGGAGAAGAUGAAGUGGAAGAAGAGUCAGCAGCUUCGCAAAAAACAGAAAAAAAAGAAAGUUUGAAAAAAGUGGAGAAAGAUACAAAUUCUAAAAUAAGCAAGGUAAAACCCAAAGGCAAAGUUCGAUGGACUGGUUCUCGAACACGUGGCAGGUGGAAAUAUUCCAGCAAUGAUGAAAGUGAAGGAUCUGACAGUGAAAAAUCAUCUGCAGCUUCAGAAGAGGAAGAAGAAAAGGAAAGUGAAGAAGCCGUCCUAGCAGAUGAUGAUGAACCAUGCAAGAAAUGUGGCCUUCCAAACCAUCCCGAACUCAGAAUGACACUGAAAACUGAAGAUCUCAGAUGUGCUGACUUUCCUUUGAUUCUUCUGUGUGACUCCUGUGACAGUGGCUACCACACCGCUUGCCUCCGCCCACCCCUGAUGAUCAUCCCUGAUGGAGAAUGGUUCUGCCCCCCUUGCCAACAUAAACUACUAUGUGAAAAAUUAGAGGAACAGCUGCAAGAUCUGGAUGUUGCCUUAAAGAAGAAGGAGCGUGCUGAACGAAGGAAAGAACGUUUGGUGUAUGUUGGUAUCAGUAUUGAAAACAUCAUUCCUCCACAGGAGCCAGAUUUUUCUGAAGAUCAAGAAGAAAAGAAAAAAGAUUCCAAAAAGUCCAAAGUUAACUUACUGGAAAGGAGAUCAACAAGAACGCGAAAAUGUAUAAGUUACAGAUUUGAUGAGUUUGAUGAAGCAAUUGAUGAAGCUAUAGAAGAUGAUAUCAAAGAGGCUGAUGGAGGAGGAGUUGGCCGAGGAAAAGAUAUAUCCACUAUCACAGGUCACCGUGGAAAAGACAUCUCUACGAUUUUGGAUGAAGAAAGAAAAGAAAAUAAACGACCCCAGAGGGCGGCUGCUGCUCGGCGGAAGAAACGCCGGCGACUGAAUGAUCUAGACAGCGAUAGCAACCUGGAUGAAGAAGAGAGUGAAGAGGAAUUCAAGAUCAGUGAUGGAUCUCAAGAUGAGUUUGUUGUGUCUGAUGAAAACCCAGAUGAAAGUGAAGAAGAUCCACCAUCUAAUGACGACAGCGACACUGAUUUCUGUAGCCGCAGACUGAGGAGACAUCCCUCCCGGCCAAUGAGGCAAAGUAGGCGCUUGCGGAGAAAGGUCCCAAAGAAAAAAUACUCUGAUGAUGAUGAAGAAGAGGAGUCUGAAGAGAACAGUAGAGACUCUGAAAGUGACUUUAGCGAUGAUUUUAGUGAUGAUUUUGUAGAAACUCGGCGAAGGCGGUCAAGGAGAAACCAGAAAAGACAAAUUAACUACAAAGAAGAUUCAGAAAGUGAUGGUUCCCAGAAAAGUUUACGACGCGGUAAAGAAAUAAGGCGAAUUCACAAGCGCAGACUUUCAAGCUCAGAAAGUGAAGAGAGCUAUAUGUCCAAGAACUCUGAAGAUGAUGAGCUGGCUAAGGGAUCAAAGCGGUCAGCUCGAAAACGAGGCCGAAGCACAGAUGACUAUUCAGAAGCAGAUGAAGAGGAGGAAGAGGAAGGCAAACCAUCUCGCAAACGGCUACACCGGAUUGAGACAGAUGAGGAGAGUUGUGACAAUGCUCAUGGAGAUGCCGAUCAGCCUGCCCACGAUGGCCAGCCCAGGGUCCUGCCCUCAGAGCAAGAAAGCACCAAGAAGCCCUACCGGAUAGAAAGUGAUGAGGAAGAGGACUUUGAAAAUGUAGGCAAAGUGGGGAGUCCAUUGGACUAUAGCUUAGUGGACUUACCUUCUACCAAUGGACAGAGUCCUGGCAAAGCCAUUGAGAACUUGAUUGGCAAGCCUACUGAGAAGCCUCUGACCCCCAAGGACAGCAGCACAGCCAGUGCGAGCCUGGCUCCCAAUGGGACAAGUGGCGGACAGGAGGCAGGGGCACCAGAAGAAGAAGAAGAUGAGCUUUUGAGAGUGACUGACCUUGUUGAUUAUGUCUGUAACAGUGAACAGUUAUAAGACUUUUUUUUCCAUUUUUAUGCUAAUUUAUUCCACGGUAGCUCUCACACCAGCGGGCCAGUUAUUAAAAGCUGUUUAAUUUUCCUAGAAAACUACAGAAUGACUUUUUAGAAGAAAAGUUUCAACAAACCUUGAAGUCUUUCUGUGAAGUGACCAGUUUCAAACUUUGAAGAUAAAUAAUUGCUGUAAAUUCCUUUUGAUUUUCUUUUUCCAAGUUCAUGGUCCUUGGUAAUUUCAUUCAUGAAAAAAAAUCUUAUUAUAAUGACAACAAAGAUUUGUAUAUUUUUGACUUUAUAUUCCCUGAGCUCUCCUGACUUUGAAAAAGGGUGGAUAAGAAUGCAUUCCAAACCUGUGAGGGCCCAAAACAGAAUUUAGGGGUGGGAGAAAGCACUUGUGCUUUAGCUUUUUCAUAUUAAAUAUAUAUUAUAUUUAAACAUUGACAGUGUAGGUGAUUAACAGACUGUCUAAAAGUUCAAGUCUGUUCUGUUUCAGUUUGAGAACUAUAGGUAACAUCAUACAUAAGUCAUUUAGUAACAGCCUUUGUGAAAUCAACUUGUUUACUAUUGGAGAUAACCAUGCUUAAUAAAGAAGAGACCAUGAAAGUACCAUCAUAAAAAACCUUAACCUAGUUUCUGUUAUAAUGGAGUUUCUUGUUUAAAAACAAAAACAAAAUCAUCUGAAAAGCAUUUGUACAGUAAAAUGUAUAAAGAAGCUUUGACAACCACAUUGUGCUAGCAACAAAUUUUUUAAAUAGCUUUAUGCAGUGGUUAUAUAGUGGCCUUUAAUAUACUGUAUCUGAUGGAGAGUUAUUAGUAAAAGGAAUAUGGUCAUCUUACAACUCAGCUGAAAUAUAAACUUUGCCUACAGUGUAACUCUUGUCUUCUGGCCACUUGAUGUUUAAAUACCUGAAAGUGUCAUUUUGAAAGAAAUACAUCUAUAUAUAUAACAUACAUGAAGAGAUGCUAAGCUGACAAUGGUAUUUUAGCACAUUUCAAGAUGGGGAAGGGAUUUUCAGGUGAAUUUUAACUGGUCUAUUCUUGCCCUUAGUAUCUACUUCAAAUUGAAGUCUACAAACAAAGCAGUUCCUUUGGGAGGUUUUUAGUUUGUGUGUUUGUGUAAGUAUGUGUGUAUGUGUGGGUGUAUGUGUCUGUGUGUUGGAAUUUCCUAUCUGCCUGGAUAUAUUAGCAGGGUUUGAAUGUAGGUUUUGGCCUUUGGCCAUUAGACUUCUAUUAAAACUCAUUAAUAGUCAUACAACCAACAUAGAGAUGAAUGAGAACUGCCACUAUACUCAAUAGGCACCAUAUCCAUUUUAAACAUCUCAAUAAUUUAAAGAAAGAGAAGCCCUUUGUUUCUGUAACUAACUGAAUACCUAACAUGAUAAUUGACACUAAAACCUGAACUUUGUCUUAUUUAGUUUCUGUUACAGCUGUAAAAUUUCAGGCAGAACCAUAAUAUUGUACAGAGUGUAGCACUUGUAUUAAACCUUUUCUGUCAAAUUCUGAAACCGUCAACCAUUACUUCUGUGAAUACUUUUGCCCUGGGAUUUGGGUUUUUCUGUUCCAGUGUUGUGUCUGUUGCCGGCAAUGGACACACUGUAUCUGCUGCUGGCCCAAGGAACUUCGUUAAUUUUUCUUCCCAAAUUAUACAUUAUAUGUGCUAGUCAGUGUAUAGUAAAGCACUUCUCUUUUUUAUUAUUAAAAAGCUGGCAUUAGAUAUGCAUUAUAAAUACCUCUCUAAAAACUUUAUACUACUCCUUUUCUUUCCUCAACAAGUUUUGCCCUUAAAUCUUAUCUUUUGGCUUUGAAAGUUUAUAGCUGUUGUUUUUCAGUCAUUGUUGGGUUUUUUGUUUUGUUUCACUUUAGUUCUGUAGUACCCACCCAUUCAUAUUUUUGCUUCGACUCUAGCAAUGUGUAUGUAUCUGUAUAAAAAAUAAAAUAAUGAAAGCAGCCUAAAAACAGGAUGCACCAAUAGCAAGUUCCAAGCAAGUUGUGAUUUUUGUUUUUAGAUAAUAUUCCACUGGAAGGGAGAGAAAAGCUCACAUUCAGAAACAGUAAAGCAGGGCUAUGACCAGAGCCAAAUUAAUCCUCCUUUCUAGCUAGAUUUAUUUAUUUUUUUUUGAAAGCUAAAAAUUUAACUUUUAAUUAUCUAAAACAGGCAAACAGUAGAAAGAUACCUACUAGUGCAAGGUAAGUGGUUCAAAUGUGCAGAUGACCUCUCCUGCUACUCAGCCUCCCUCUCCCAUUAGCCCUGCAGCCGGGUACAGCCACUAUCAUGCAGCAGCUCUCCCAUGUGCCCUGUCUCUACCUCUGGACACACCAGCUCCUGCUUCCACCUGUUCUACUCUUCACUUAAAUAAGUGAUCACUAAUAUUAAAUGGUUAGAUGACUGACUUUAACAGCACCCAUAAUAUGAAAUAAGGAGUUCUUUUUACCCUUCUGCCAUAGAAAGCCCAAGAUAAUUUUUAACACAGUAAAUAUUGUGUAUUCCAUUUAGCGAAUAUCCCACUGACACAAGACACUUGUGCUGCUACUGACCAAACCUGACUAAGUAUCAUCUUCAGUGGGCAUAUCCUUUCUAACCUUAUAUUCUGAUUAAACCAGUUAACUGGUUCAUAUACCACAAAUGUAGUUCAAGCAGCUGAUACAUACACAUUAUUACUAUGCAGAUAGAUUGAUUAUAGCUGAUUAAACUUUGAUAGUUAAAUAGUUGUGCUGCUUGGUGUUUAGAUCCAGUCCCUCAGAGAGUCUGUGUUCAUUGAACUACUCUGAAGAAGUGUAAAAAAAUAUUAAUGUUCUAUAUCCAAAAGAGAAUACAGCCAUUAGGAACUGGAGAAAAUACAAGAACGUAGUAAUCCUAGUGUGUAGACCAACCUGGAUGCCUAUUAGAGCAUUAACCAUGGAUUUGGACUGACAGUAGCUGUCAUAGAGCCCUUUAAUAAUUUACACUCCCUGUGUUUGAAAUACAAGUUAGACUCCCAGUAUCAACAAAUGUAUUGAGGGGAAAUGUAGUUUACUAUUCAUUUGCAAUUUCUCUAAAGGUUUGGAAAUUUGCCAAAUUUUACAGUUUAGAAGCUUUGUAUUAAAAUAUUUGUGAGAAGGACUCGGACUGAAAGUACACAUUUUGGUUUUGUGCAUUUGUGCUGAUGAAAGAAUGUUUAGUGUAAAAUAUUUUCCAUUGUUGGCACAUUACUGAAAAAUGAUGACAGAGAUUUUCCAAGAAUAUACAUGAUAUAUUGAAGUUGGUUUUCCUUGACAUCCUUUUCCAGUUGGUCAAGGCUGCAUAUUCAGAGGAUAAAGUGUUUGUAUUUAGAAAAAAAUCAUGUCUACUGGGAAUCUUAACAAAAAAAAGGGGGGGGGGGGACCUGCCAAAGAACCAAGAAGUUCAAAUGCUAGUGAAGGUAGAGAAAAAAAGAUUUUUUAAAAUUAAUUUUAAAAGGAUAUUAUGUACUGUCCAGUUUUCACUUUUUCAUUGAUAGAACCCAUGCCAUAAUAGACAUUGGAGUAAAGUACAUAUAUUGUGAAAUAUGGACAUUUACUUAUUUAAAUUGAGGGUUAAAAUGAUGGGAAAAGGUAGCUAUUUUUAAUGGGUAUUGAUGGAAUCUCCUUUGUCUCAGGAAUGCUUUUUUAAUUCCUUUCUGUGAGCAUAAGAGAUGUUAACCAUUCACUAGCUUGUUCUACCAUACAACUAUUAAGAAUUUAAUGAAUCUAUAAGUUUAUAUUUAGAAAAAGUUGUGAACUCCAUUCUUUACCAGGGGGAUAGGUCCAUAAUGCAAGAUGUUGCUUCAUAUCUAUUAUUUGAUUUCUUAAAAGAUAACUUUUAAGUUAUUUUUAGAUGAGUAUUAGAAUAAUUAAAAAUGAAAUCCAGUAUUGAUUGACUAUAAAAAGAAACCAGACAUUGUAACUGAUAAAAAAUUAUGAACAUCAUUUAAUUAGAGAAAAACAGUUUCUCUUGUUUGACAGUUUUAAAAUAAAUCUCUGGUUCUCCGAGAAGCAGAAAAUACCAAGACUCUAUAUGCUGUAUAAUCAACCUCAUCCUCACCUGUUUAAUGUGAUUCAUUAUUAAACUAACUUAAAAUAAAAUCCAUUCCUGUUGUAUCCACCAUUCCCAGUGUGUGCCUGUAAACUCACCGUGGAAGUGGCAAGCUGGUAUUUUCUUUCAUUGUUUUUAUACCAAUCUCAAAAGGCCUUAUGCUAUCAAUGUAUUUAAACUGGGUUAUUGUGUUAUAUGUUCACUUAAUGAUUUGUUUUCAAAAUAUUUCGUUCCAACUGAAGAUUUUGAACAGUUUUUGAGUGCCAAGAAUUGCUAAGUAAGUAUGAAAGUAGAGUCAUUCCUAAGUAAAGAAGCAGUCGUAAGCCAAAAUGUAGGAAGCUUGGUAUAUAACCACUUCAGAUUACACACUCAACACUUUUUUACUCAUACAUGCCCUCUUAAGAAGGUUAGAAUAGGAUCUUCUUAGUGGAUUUUUAAUUUUGGUCAUUUAAGCUCGAUUUUUUUUCCAUUUCAUAUUUAAACCACUUUGGGAAAUGCUAUAAACUCAAUUAUGGCACAUUAUAAUAAUGAUUUCAGUUAAUAAAAGAUUUUUAUUUUAAUAACUUUAAGAUAUGUCUAUCCUAUACAUAAGUUAUAUAAGAAGGCAUAACAAAUUAUUAGAUGAGUAGGAAUUUAUUAAACUCUUACUAGACAUUUUGAAUGAGAAAAAACAUUUUUAAAGGAACUACAUUUGUGUUUUUUGCCAAAUCGGUACAAGCUAGAAAAUGUGCUAAGGACUGAAUAACCUGCCUUGUUCUUUUUGCCACUGGAUGAUGUAAGUUGAGAAUGGAAUUGUUAACCCUAACUAUAUUUUCUUGACUUUCAUCAGUUUCUAAAGAAAUCUAAUUUAUGUGUUUUGGAGUUUUGUUUGAUCUGUAUUUAUUGAGUUCUGGUCACCAACCAGGCGUCUGCAUGUUAUGCUUAUGGACAGCCAGAACACAGUCAUUGGGGAACUUAAUGGCUCAAGACCUUCUGAAUCAUUUAACUUAUUUUGUAUGUUGCAAAAAAAAAAAUUUAUUUUGCUUGAGAGUCACAUUUUUUUAUAACUGUACAGCUCUUAAGGGAUGGGAGGUGGGGAAAUACCCUAAAAUAGGAUGUAGAUUUUUACAAUUGUGUUUCUGCUAGAACAUCUACAGGUGCAUUAUGUAAUUAAACCUAAAAUUGUUUAAAAAUUUGUGCCAUGGUCUUUUUCAUUUUCCUGCCCUUUAGCAGAGUUGGUGCAUGUGAAUACUACUAUAUGGACAAGGCUUGGAAUUAGACUAAAACUUCUGUCUUGAGAGCUUUAAAACCAUUGCAUGUAAAGUAUACAUACAUGUAGAAACAUACAUAUACACAGAUUUAAUUUAUAUUAAUGUAAAUGGGUUUUCAGGAUUGGAAUAGCUAUAAUAGCCCAAAUUUGAGAUUUAAAAGCAUACUAUUUCAGUGCAUGAUUUUCAAGAUACCUAAAUAAGGUAUUCUCAAUGUUGGUCUGGUAUUUUGUUCUCCUAUCAAAGUAAUGUCUUGGUAAUAGUAUCUGAAUUAUAGCUUGCCCCAAAUUACCAUGAGGUUUUAUGUGCACUUUGAAAAGGGAUGUCAGGUGCUGAGUUGGGGGUGGGGUAGGACAGGGCUUGUCUUGGUUUCUUUUUAUCUAUAAAAGAAGGAAAAAAAGAAUUGUGCCAUUUGGUUAUUCAAUAGACUUAAUGCCACGAGAAUAUUUGCUGAAAUAAUGGCAGGAAGGGGAAUCAGGUUCAAGCUUCAAUCCCUUCCUCAUCUGAUAAAUACCUUGUGAUCUUGUGGAACUCUGACUCUGGCAGUAUUUUUACCUGGCAUGUGUUAACCAUGUUAUAUAACCGAUAACCUUUGUUUAAAUGCCAGUACUUUUUGCCAUCUAAUGAUUUUACCAUUCUAAUCCCUCACCUUUGUAGCACAAAUGUAUUCUUGUAAAGAAUUCGUCUCAAUGUGUCAGUUUCUCUCUGAGCUACCUUCAUCUGUUGUCAGCUGAUUUAGGAAGGCGGUUGUUACCCAUUUUGAGGCAAAGACAGGAUCAUGAAUUUCCAUGUGAAGAAUACAAAUUCCAAAUAAGAAUUUGUAUAUGCUAUAUUUUAGAAUUUCAUUUUGAUUUUAAAGUAAUAGCUGGGAUUCAAUGAGUGUUUGAUCACAACAUCUCUUGGAUUUUCAGACAUGCUUAUAUGAAAUGCUUUAUUUUCCUAUGCAUAAAAAGAAAUUAUUCCUAGAAUAGGUUCUCAGAAUAUUUUGUUUCUAGGAGAUAAGAGCUAAAGCAGAAGCUCCAAGAUUAGCAUAAAACUUACUUUAGAGGUCAUCAGGACUAUGCUGUUAGUCAAAUAGAAGAAGCUGGAGUGCUGUCUGUCACAUAAUAAUGUACUGCAUGUAUGGGGGGAGGGGAGAUCUGAAAACUGGAAAUGUGAUUCUGGUAACACACAGAGAAUUUUGUGCAUAGAAAGUAUGGAAAUUCCUGAUAGCUUAAAGCUUCAGGAGUUAACUGCAGUGUAUAAACACCUAGUGUGUUAGAAUUGCAGUGCAUAGUUGUAUAAGUACAAUAUUCCUUGUAAGUGACAACCAAAAUAUGUUGUGGCUGGUGCCAAUAUUUUUGUUAAUGAAAUGUUCAAUGUCUCACUACAGUCUGAUCAGAACUCUUGAUGUUAUAAGCCAGGCCUGAAGCCAUUUUAUAGCUAUCGGCCUACUUGUGUAACUUUUUCUUUCAAAAUGUUUUAUUAUACUUCUGUCAUUUCUUUCACUUAAUAUAUGUCAAUUGUCAUAAUAAAAAAUUUAAAUAAUUUGA